AUGGUGAAUGUAAAUAAUUUGAAUCUAGUCGAAUUGAGAAGAAUCAACUUUAUCAAAAUCCCUCCAAUGUUGAAUUUAUCUGAGGCCGAGUUCUGA